AUGACAUUUAUGUUAUCAUAUCGAAUUAUUGCAUUUGAACAAGGGGAAGGAGCUACGAUCCUCUCUGCCCCUGGUGAGAUUGUCGACACCCUUUUGGCACCGUCGAAUGAUUGCAAAUAUUUUGUGCGACAAUUAAAAGACAAAUUUAAUCUAAAUGAUGCCGCCUUGCGAAACCUUGAUCCUGAUAACAAGGUACUGAUUCGUGCCAUAGCGAGAAAGGCUAACAAUGCAGGCCGAAGUGAUGUAGUUGAGGAGCUGAGAAAAAUUGUACCGGCGGGAACUACAGCUCCAAUGUUACCGGAAAGCCUUCUUGUUCGAGGAAUCCCUUUCAGUCAACUAAAAAAGCUCACUAUCACCUUAAGCGGUGGAGAUGAGUGGAAGAUAUUUGCAGAGCAACUGAGACUAACCCCAGAAGAGAUUCGUUUCCUUGACCACCGCACGUUGAAUCCAGCUGAUGCAGCUUUGGGUUACAUUGCACAAAAAUAUCAGAUAACAGUGGGUGAUCUUUAUCACCUUUUAACUGAAUGUGGACUACCCGUCAUAGCCGAUUUGCUUUGAAAGUAGUACUUCUUUUCCAUGUGGACUACAGUUAGCGUCAGUAACUGAAAAAUGUACAAUAUAAUCCGUU